AUGAAGGCGCAAAACGUCAGGACUCUCUUCCUCAUCCUCUCCGUUGUUUUCUACCUGCUCGUCGGAGCCGCCGUGUUCGACGCGCUGGAGACGGAGAGCGAGAGCUCCCGGAAGAAGGCCCUGGAGCAGAAACUGGGCGAGCUGAAGAGAAAGUACGGCUUCCUGGAGGAGGACUACCGGGAGGUGGAGAGAGUCGUCCUGCAGUCGGAGCCGCACCGCGGCGGCAGGCAGUGGAAGUUCUCCGGCUCUUUUUACUUCGCCAUCACGGUCGUCACCACGAUAGGUUACGGCCACGUCGUUCCUCGCACCGACGCCGGCAAGACCUUCUGCAUGUUCUACGCGGUCCUGGGAAUCCCUCUGACUCUGGUCAUGUUCCAGAGCCUGGGGGAGAGGAUCAACACGCUGGUCCGCUGCCUCCUGCGCAGAGCCAAGCGGGGCCUGGGCCUCAGGGAGACCGAGGUCUCCAUGGGGAACAUGGUGCUGGUGGGGCUGCUGUCCUGCGUCGGCACCCUGUGCGUCGGGGCCGCCGCCUUCUCGCACUUCGAGGACUGGACCUUCUUCAACGCCUACUACUACUGCUUCGUCACGCUCACCACCAUCGGCUUCGGGGACUUGGUCGCCCUGAAGAAGAAGGACGCCCUGCAGAGGCGGCCGCCCUACGUGGCUUUUUGCUUCGCGUACAUUCUGGUCGGACUGACGGUCACGGGAGCUUUCCUCAACCUGGUGGUGUUGAGGUUUCUCACCGUGAGCUCUGACGUGAGGACCGCCGAGCGGGAGGACGAGCAACUUUUGAAGGAGGAGGACGAGUCGGAUGCUGCGGACGGAGGAAGCGGCCGGUUCACUCUUCCGGUGGAGGAGGAGGAUGGCGGCAGCUGCGUGAGUCUGGUCUCCUCUAAUUCAGACGACCUCAGACUCAUCGAACCGGAGCCUUCCGAGCUUCCCAAACCCAACAGACUCGGGGAUCUGAUCUGCUGCUGGUGGUGCCGUGGGCUGGCGGUGUGCGGCAGCAGCUCUGACCUGCAGCAGGAACACACGGGCGGCCAUAGCAACCCCGUGUUUUACACCUCCAUCUCCUACAGGGUGGACCGGGUCUCCCGCAGCUCCCACGCUGCCUCACCACAUGCCUCCCCCAGCUCCGUCGCUCUCUGCUGGGAGAGGAACUAUCGUCGCAGCAGACGGAGGUCCCUCUGACACAGGAGCUUUUUGUGACAGAUGAAACCAUCAAAGGCUCAGACUUCCUUUGCUUCCAAGUGUAGCACUAAGUGACCUGAGAAAUAUUUUCCUACACUGAACAGUUUGAAUGCUAAGGCAUGUGUGACACUUCGAAGAGUUCUUUCUGCGUUUGUCUUUUCUUUUUAUUUUUGUUAAACUUUUCAAAUGAUCAUUUCAUUUGCACAAGAAAAACAUAACUCGGCCUGGCCUGAAGUGAAAAAGCAAUCGCUCCCCAAUCCUACCCUUAAUUUAGUCUUUUACUUAAUUUCUGAGAAAUUUUGGUCGACUCUUUCCAGAAAACUUACAUUCAAGCCGAGUUGGAGGGCUUCUAUCAUAAAUAGUCUGCUUAAGCCUUAGUGUCACGCUGCAACAUUUCGGCUUUAAGUCCAGACUGGACAGACUUACUCCAAAACCUCUGUUUGACCUGCUAGUGCACUUUGGACCCUGUCCCACAGCAUAACCUAAACAGCUCAAGGUCAGAAAGGAAUGGCUUUGAAUUUUCUUGUGGAAUAGUGCAGAAAUAUCCUUUAUUGUCACACGAUGGGAAAAUUCACAAAACAGACAAAAAAAAGAGACUUUACAACAUAAGAAAACAAUACUGCACAGUUAUUCAAUUCAACAUUGCACUCUACAACUGAGUAGGGUCAUUUAAAAAAAAAGUGUGCCAAAUGUGCAUUCAUAGUGGAGCAUUAAAAGGGCAGUAGCACAGUGAAGUAACUAUGUUGCCUUCAGUUUUUACAAGAAUGCUGUACAUAUCAGAUGUGACCUAGAAGAAAUUUGAAUUUGUAAUUUAACACCUUGAAGUUGUGCCUGUCUCUUUAAAAACUCCUGCUCUUUCUGUAACUCCUCCUCUAUUAUAUGGCUCCCCUCUUAACCCUCUUAACAACAUUUUUACCAGCCCAGAAGCUUAGAAACUGCAGCUCAGAGGAGGAGAGCCGUCCUCG